GUCCUUGGGACAGGAGGACGACAAGAAAACACGCAGUAUAUCAAAAAGAAGGAUCGACCUUAGUUUGGCCCGUCAAUGAAACUCUGCUGGUUUACUACGUACUACGGUCCUCGAUCCCCCCAAUCGCACCGCCUCCUUCAAGCCCAUGCCGACCCUCUCGCCCGUGCUCAAACCCGCACCACCAUCUCACCCGCCCAGACGGCUUCGCAGGCAGGAUAAUGGGCGGUUCCGCUGCCUCAUCCAACAAGUCUCCGACCUCCGAGUUCAGAUAUAGCCUACACGGCUUGCCUUACAGCCAGACUGUGGCAUCGCAACCACCCAUCAAAGUUACGAGUUCGACAUCGUUACAUCGCAUCCUUGACGACGAGCAUAACGUACCUCUUCCUUCUCCGCAAACAGGGGACAACGCGUCGACAUUGUCCAAUCGGAAAUACCUCACAGACGCGUCGCCACACGAUGGAGACGGCCCUCGAAUUACGGGCGCAGGUUCAAUUUCCGCACGAGACAGUCAGACAAGUCUCAAUACAAAGGCCCCGACAGUAAGCAGCUUGACGUCCGCCGCAGCCAGCGUCCCCCAGAUCCGUGUGAACGACGCGCCCGAUCGGAUCAGUGACGGUAGCAUUGAAGAGAAGAGGAAAUGGUCAACGCUGAACCUACUUCGAUCAACUCCGAUGGUAACUGGGGAAGAGACAGUCCGGGGCACAAAUCAUGCGAGUUCGGGCUUCGAGGGGGUAUCAUUGGACAUAAGUAUCCCUUCGGGCGGCUUUGGCGACGAGUUAUCCACAAAAAGCAUUGAAUUCUCAAAGAGGGGGAGCAUGCUGAUUGAUGGACGAAGGGUGAACCCGUCCAACAAUCGCAGGUCUUCACCCAUGCUUGCUUCAAUUAUGGACGAAGAGAAGAAACAAGAUGGCCCACAAACUGUGCUGUCUGCGAACAGCAAUGUCCGAAAAACCUCCAUGUCAACUUCUACCCCUGCUAGACAUACCAUCAAGGAGCGGCCCUCGGCAAAAGUUCUCUCGGCCGACGAGGAGAUGUUGUCUGAAAAAGUACGGGCUUUUUAUGCCGCUGGCACAGACAGUCAACAGGAAACUGAGUCGACCACCAAUCUUGCUACUCGCAUGGGAGCGCGUUGGCAAGUUUCGCUGGGCGCGGACACACAGAGCGUCAGUAUACCAUCAUUGUCGCGCGCAACUUCCACGACAGAUAUCAAUGAGGACAUGGAUAGCUCGCGACACCCCAGCAUGACUGCGUCGGCUUCACAAACUUACAUUAUACCCGAGAGAGAGGAAACCGAACUAGCCGGUGGUCUGGAGGAUUGGAAAGACGUCGACAACGCCGAUGUCGACCGAUACGGCUUCAUCUUAGCUCGGGCGCCAACAGUCGAUGGCGCGGAUGAAUCUAAGCCUCAACGUAUUACAAGAGUGUCGACAAGCUUACAGCAAGCUUCAGAGACGCCGCGACGAAGAGUAACAAUACGGCGCACGCCCAGCAGCGCUCAAGGCUCUAUAAGAUCUGGUCACAGUAGACACAGCCCUGCAGAUCAGACUCCCCCGCGUCCAACAAGUUCACAGAGUGGCUAUGCCCGGACACCAAGUCGCAGAAGCGGAUCGACACGAAUUCUAGGUCCAGUGUCGAAAGAUCGACGUCUUAUGGAUUCAGCAAUGGACAUGCUCACGCUUCCACGAUCUGCGAAAUCUGUCGUGGAGAAUGGGCAUGUACACAUCGAUGAUGCACGAGCUCGACGCAAGGAGCUUGCCCGGGAAGAAAAGUGGCGGAAAAUGGCACGGGAAAAGGCUCCUGCUAUAGACGCGAAAACUGGGUUGCCAGUCGUAGGCGGUGGAUCCGAAACAGGAUACACGUUCAAUACCACCUCUUCCAAGCUCAUAGAGCGGACAUGGAAGGGCAUUCCAGAUAAAUGGCGAGCAACCGCGUGGCACAGUUUCCUCAGCACAUCGGCAUUGCGGCGGCAGGAUUGCCUAAGCGAUGGGGAACUGGUUGAUUUGUUUCAUCACUAUCAGACACGAUCAUCGCCCGACGACGUGCAAAUCGAUAUUGAUGUUCCUCGCACGAUAUCUGCACAUAUCAUGUUUCGAAGGCGGUACCGUGGUGGGCAGCGUCUACUUUUCCGCGUAUUGCAUGCAAUGUCGCUGCACUGUCCGGAAACCGGCUAUGUGCAAGGUAUGGCAGCGCUGGCAGUCACGCUUUUGGCGUACUAUGACGAGGAAAAGGCCUUCGUUAUGCUCGUCCGCAUGUGGGAACUCAGGGGGCUGGGUGAGUUGUACAAGUCCGGCUUCGGAGGUCUGAUGGCGGCGCUGAAUGAAUUUGAACGAGGCUGGCUAGGCCAGGGCGAAGUUGCCCGGAAGCUGGAAGAUCUCAACAUCGGCCCAACCGCCUACGGCACGCGCUGGUACCUGACCUUGUUCAACUAUACCAUCCCCUUCCCCGCGCAACUCCGAGUCUGGGAUGUCUUCAUGCUGCUUGGUGACGACACUUCACCCAACACAGCAACCACAACCGCAUCUCACACUUCUGCUAGCCGUUCACCGUCCGUCAGCCACAGCCAGAUUCAAAGUCCGACCACAGAUGCCGAGCCUCACUUCGGAACGACACUUGAUAUCCUACAUGCGUCGUCCGCAGCCUUGAUCGACGGUAUGCGCGAUAUCCUGCUCGAGUCGGACUUUGAGAAUGCCAUGAAAGUCCUCACGUCGUGGAUUCCGAUCCAGGAUGAGGAUUUGUUCAUGCGCAUCGCCAGGGCCGAGUGGAAGAUGCAUUUGAAGCAUGAUGCAGCAAAGAGUGCGAGGAAGGCUGCGAAGUGAAAACACCCAACAGCAUAGCGUGCAUUGCACAGGCGCCCCAGCCGGAUUGAGGAAGUAAUUGAGCCCUGAGCCUACCGGCUUUGACUGCACCUUAUCAGAUUCGACAUUCCGCCAUUUCGCCGCAAGGAAUCCAUGAACGCAGACGAAAUGUUGAAAAGCGCAGAGCCAGGAUUAUUAGGAUUGGGAACGCCCUACAUGUGCUGUGAUCGUUAUUCAUUGGGCUGAAUAAUAACACCCUUGAGGGAAAAAUUUCUAUCAAAAAGUCACGAAUAAGUUAUAUAUACCCUUAUAAUGCAAGUUAAUUCAGAAUCACA